AACCACGUAACGGUGCCUGGUUUUCUUGACAGAGAAGAAACUGGGAGAUUUGACCAGAACAAAUAAGCCUUCGUUUGGUCGGCACACAGAGGCCAAAAAAGCAUAUAUAUAUUUUAUCCCUCACCAUGGCCGCAUUCCUGAAGCUCUCCAUUGCGGUUUUUGCCCUCUUGGCAGUGCAUCUCACCCUGGCCGAUCAUUCUUAUCCAGAUGUUGGUAAAUCGCCCAUAUCGACAGAUGCCGCCGAGUCCCGUUCAGACGUUGAGAUCCCCGAGGAGCUGAGUCAUCUGAAACCGGGCGAAUCACUCUACUUCUACUAUGAGCCCAUUCAGAACCAAAAACAUCAGGCUCAUCCGUCCCAUUAUGGUCACCAACGUCGCCGUCAAGAGGGCCCCCCUCAACAACAGCAACAACGUCAUCCUCAACAACAACAACAGCAGCAACUGCAACCACGGCAGCCACAGCAGCAGCAACCACAACAACAUCAGCAACUGCAACCACGGCAGCAGCAACAACAACAACAACAACAGCAGCAACAGCCACAACAGUUUCAACGCAAUCCAUAUAAUCCCUACCAGCAACGUGUGGGUAGGCCUUUGGGAUUAGUUGAUCGCAUCCGGAAUAUGUUCUCGUUCAAUCCCUUUUGGCGGAAUCAGAUCUCUCGUCAAUUGGAAGUCGUCGCUGCCAGCCCACUCAUUGCCGGUGCUGUGGUGGCUGGAAUUACGGCUCUGGCAGGAGGACUGGUCUACACGCAAGGCAUUUUGUCCGAACCCGCACCCGUAGUGACACCAGCCCCACCAAUUAGCAACUUCCGUCCGGCGGUCACCACCCGCGUUGUGAACCGCAUUGUGAGUGCCAUCGAAAACCAAGCCUCCAUCGAACUUGCCCCCGAUCGAUACAGUGCUCGACCUUUGGCCAAUGAUGAAAUCACCACCACUACCCCUUUACCCUCCAUUACUGAGAAUGGGUCUGAAGUUGACGCAUCUGAAGUUGACGCAUCUGAAGUUGACGCAUCUGAAGUUGACGCAUCUGAAGUUGACGCAUCUGAAGUUGACGCAUCUGAAGCUCAAGAGGAUAUCCGAUCCUCAUCUACAGACGAUAGUACCGUAACUCCCUCUGGAGAAGACACCACAAUUGAUGAAACAACCAUGGCUGCCCAAUCUACAACCGAUCUUGUGGACGCUAUUCUAGGCGUUGCCCAAGGAAGCGAAGAUAAUGAAGUCGGCAACAAUCUUCUAGGGGCUGUAAAUACCCCAAGUCUGGAUUCAGAGUCCGACAAUGUCGUCCGCCUGGGCAAUGGGGAUUCUCAAAGCCAAGUUCAGGACGAAGGCUCCGACGAUUCGACUGAGUCCAUGAUGGAGACGACCACUGGUAUGCCGGAUACCACCACCAAGAUUCUCAAACUGACCAUGCAAAAGGCCUCAUCGCUUUACCCCGAUAUGAUUUUACUACCCUUGACCCAAGGGGACUCCAACGAUCCCACCGGCACUACCACCAUGAUUUCAGACACAAACGUCCAGGACGACGCCAACGAGAGAGUAGGCCCACCCACCACCACAACUCCCCGUUCGAUAGAAGACUCCGAAAACGAUAUCACCACAAUCAAGGCCCCGGAGCGAGUCAAGUUUGGCAGUUCCGACCAAGUGAUUGACUACAUCAAGCAACUGACCAACAACAUCAUUGACGAGGACCCCUCUAAGCCCAAUGACAACGGUGAGGAGCGCUCACAACCCGAUCUACUCCCAUCGGCCAACACUUCCGACAGCAAUCCAGAGGAAGGUGAUGUGGUCACGGAAGCCCUGGGAGCUUCCAAUAUCUUUGACAGGAUCUCCCUGAACGCAGAGGCCAAGGAAGAGGCUGAGGAGGCUGAUUCCAAUCCUACCACAAUCACAAAUCCCCAAGGCAAGGAUGAAGACACGAGUUAGUUUCCUCUGGUUGGAUUCAACCAAAUACCAAAACUUUUUUUCUUUCUCUAAACUCUGUUAUCUUGCUAAAUCUCAAUAGGCUCUAAACACACAACAAAACCACAGGGGUGACAAACACACAGAAUCUAGUUUACAAAGAAACCUUAAAGGUGACCUACACUAUUAUUGUUACAAUCAUCCCCAAAAAACCUACCAAUAAAGCGUGAAAAAAGGCAAGAACCCUGGUUUGAAACACUUUAACAACUAACCAGUCCGCACACUACUUACUACACGAGCUUUGCACACAAGACACAUACUAUUAUGCAUGAUUGUAACAAUACUAACCUCGAACCCUAGAAUGGCUAUUUACUUUCAAUACUAACUUGUUCAUAACUAUGUCGUGCUUGUCUAUUAUUUUGUACACUGUUUUAUGCACAUAGUUCCACAAUACUCGUCUUGGACUGAAUGGACCGACUGCUCUGCCCUCUGCACCAAUGACUUCUCAGACACCCCUCCCACCCAAAAACGAUCCCGGACAUGCUUGAACAACUGCCAAGAGAACCAGUUCAUAGCCGAGUUCGAAUCUCAAUCUUGUAAUCUACGUACGAAUUGCGACUCUUUGCUGACCUCGCCGGAUUUGGAGGCUCCCCUGAUCAAUCGCAUGACUGACGCUUUGGACGGUGAAGGCAGGCCAUACUCGCCCAAAAUCAUUUUUGGUCCUGAGUACGACGGCAUAGAAUUUCUCAACGGACUUAGCUCGACCUUUGCUCCGGCUAUUUCAUACCCUUUGAGGACAGAUCUAAGUCUACCGUCCGACCUAACCUUAAUGGCUUGGCUAUAUUUGAAUGAAACCCAAGUCAGAGAGGAGUCCAAGUCUUUGCCCCUGAUCUCUUUGGCUCCCAAGGGGUCAAUGAAAAAAGGUUUGAGCCUCGUGCUCCUGGGUCCAAAUAGGAAUUUGGCGCUACAAUUGGACAACCAAGAGACCCAAUUCUUUGACUCAAAGCAAAGUGUCUCCAACAACCAAUGGACUCAGGUGGGAGUCACUCACAGUGCCAACACGGGGAUAGUGCAAUUUUAUUUAGACGGCCAAAGAGUGGGUCUCCCAAUCUCAACCUCAAUCGAAGGAGUCCAGUUCAAAAUGAGCAAGCUCAUGCUCAAACCCGAAUCCCAGCUUAAUUUGGCCAUGGUCAAUUU